AUGGAGCGUGCGAGACUUAACCCGAGGGUUCGUUGCUCUGGUUCAACUCCUUCAGAAGAAUCUGCUUUGGAUCUUGAAAGAAACUGCUGUGGUCAUUCUAAUCUACCUUCACUUAGUCCACCCACACUUCAACCUUUUGCUUCGGCCGGACAGCAUUGUGAGAGCAAUGCUGCGUAUUUCUCGUGGCCUAGCCGCUUGCCUGAUGCUGCUGAAGAGAGAGCAAACUACUUUUUAAAUCUACAAAAGGGGGUCCUACCUGAAACACUUGGUCGUCUUCCGAAGGGUCAGCAGGCAACCACGUUACUUGAACUCAUGACAAUCAGAGCCUUUCAUAGCAAGAUAUUGCGUUGUUACAGCCUUGGAACAGCUAUUGGUUUUCGUAUUAGACGAGGGGUGUUAACAGAUAUUCCUGCCAUUCUGGUGUUUGUUUCCCGGAAAGUUCACAAGCAAUGGCUCAGCCCAAUCCAGUGUCUUCCUACUGCCCUCGAGGGGCCUGGUGGAGUAUGGUGUGAUGUAGAUGUGGUGGAAUUCUCAUAUUUCGGUGCACCUGAGCCAGUUCCAAAAGAGCAGCACUACACAGAGAUUGUGGAUGACUUGCGUGGAGGUGAUCCGUGCAUUGGUUCAGGAUCUCAGGUGGCAAGCCAGGAGACAUACGGAACUUUGGGUGCCAUUGUUAGGAGCCAGACAGGUAGCCGGCAAGUUGGUUUUCUCACAAACCGUCACGUAGCUGUCGAUCUAGAUUAUCCGAAUCAAAAGAUGUUUCAUCCUCUUCCACCCACACUAGGGCCUGGGGUUUAUCUUGGGGCUGUAGAGAGAGCGACUUCAUUUAUAAAUGACGAGCUUUGGUAUGGAAUAUUUGCUGGAAUAAACCCAGAGACGUUCGUGAGAGCUGACGGAGCAUUCAUUCCCUUUGCUGAUGACUUCGACAUGUGCACUGUCACUACCUCAGUAAGAGGUGUUGGAGAUAUCGGUGAUGUGAAAAUUAUUGACCUACAGUCUCCAAUUAGUAGCCUUAUCGGAAAACAAGUGGUUAAAGUUGGAAGAAGUUCUGGCUUGACCACGGGAAUUGUUUUGGCGUAUGCUUUAGAGUACAAUGACGAGAAGGGUAUAUGCUUUCUAACAGAUUUUCUCGUUGUCGGUGAGAAUCAACAAACUUUUGACCUUGAAGGAGAUAGUGGAAGUCUCAUCAUGUUUAAAGGUGACGACGGUGAGAAGCCACGCCCAAUUGGGAUCAUUUGGGGAGGGACUGCUAAUAGGGGACGCCUUAAGUUAAAAAUCGGGCUACCUCCUGAAAAUUGGACUAGUGGCGUUGAUCUAGGACGUCUUCUCAAUCUACUUGAACUUGAUUUGAUAACAAGUGAUGAAGGACUUAGAGUGGCGGUUCAAGAACAAAGGGCUGCUUCGGCUACAUUCAUGGGCUCUACUGUUGGCGAUUCCUCAACUCCUGAUGGUAUGCUUCCGAAAGAUAGAGCAGAAGACAAAUUCGAGCCACUCGGUCUUCAAGUCCAGUCUAUUCCCUUAGGAGUUGAACCUAACAGCCAGGAAACAAAACCAUCAAUCAUGGAGGCUGAGUUUAAAUUAGAAGAUGGAAUCAAGGUAGGCGGUCCCAGUAUUGAACAUCAGUUUAUUCCGAGUUUUGUCGGGCGAUCACCGUUGCACAAAAACACAGUGCAUGACAGAGAUGCGGCAAAAGAGAAUUUGUCUUCGUUGAGGAAUGGAUGCGACGAAGAUUUAUGUGUUUCGCUGCAGCUUGGUGAUAAUGAAGCGAAGAGAAGGCGUUCUGAGGCAUCGACUAGUACUGAGGAACCUUAA